AUGAUGAUGACAUCUUUAACCACAAUAACACCUUUCGAAUCACCAUUUCAAUCAAGAAAUCCAUCAACAACAAAUCUAAAUACAAUUUCAACAAAUACAUCAGAAAUCUCAUUUAUUAAUAUAACCCCUGAUGAAAUUAUAAAUUCUAUAAAUUAUUGUAAUGAUUCUGAUGAUGGCAGUAUUCAUAAAUCAAAAAGCAAUGAUUUAGAAAUAAAGCUAGUCGAACCGAUUGUAUUUUUUAGAGAUGUACCUGAAGAAGCUAGAGAAGUUUUUUCACAUAAUUGGAAAUUUAUUACUGCAAACAAAUCACCACCCACAUCUUCAACUUCUUCAUUAAAUUCACCAUCACUUAAUAAAUUUAACUUUUUAAAAUUCAAUAAAAAAUUUCACGGCGACAGCAGUAAUGAUAAUAACAAAACAUUGUUAGAAGAUCAGGAAGAUGGCGAUGUUGGAAAUGUCACUUAUCAACAAAUAAUGGAUGUAAAUUUGCCUGUUUGUUCAGAACCUGUGCAUUAUUCUUGUUCGACUUCUUUAAUAAAUGUGUCGCAUGAUUUAAAAUUUUCUUUUGCAAUCACUUUACCACAAGAUCCUCCAAAGAAUGCAGAGCUUAAACUAAAUAUCCCAAUAACAUUAUUAUCUUGUAAGGCAAUUGAUGAUUUUAUAGCUUUACCAAAUUACGAGGACAAUGAUUUUUAUUGUCCUUGUAACCCCGCAUAUCAAAGAACGGCAACAAUUGCGUUGAAUGCAUCAAUUUCUGGUGAUUUAUAA